AUGAAGAUUCAAGCGUUACUUCUCCUGGAAGUGGCCAGUUUACUUGUUUGUAAUUGCGAACAUUUGAUUAUUGGCGAUUCCAGCAACAAAGAUAUGGUUUACCACACCGCAGCUCGCUUUAAUGCAAUACCAUAUAAGAGAAGAGUGGAGAACAUAUUUUACUCUAAUCCACAGCAAAAGAAAAUAAAGAGUAUCUUGGUUUACGACAACAUGCAUUCGGACGCUAUCGCCCGCGUGACUGCCGGCGGUGUAGGAUACACUUUUGUUAACAUUCGCCUGAAAAGUGAAAAGGGGAGAAGAGUUGAUUACGACAUUGGAAUUUACGCGUAG